CGCCCCCCGGUUCGCACAGCACCGCGCCCCACCGCCGCGCGCCCUCCGCCGCCUCGUCGGCCGCGCAGCCGCGCGCGCCCUCCGCGUCCUCUCGCUCGUCAGCGUGUGCGCCCGCGUGCGCGGCGCCGUGCUCCGCCAGCUGGAGAUGGGCGCUCGCGUGCCCACCACGCGUUAGGCCGGCGCCGUACCCUUCCUGCUCCGUCGCCUCUCCAUGUCAUCGACCACGUGCACUCGCAUUACUACUGGAGAGAGAGAGAGAGGCGGUCGGCCCCCACGGCGUCCUCGCUGAGAGGGCUUUCGCCCCGGCUUUUCGCCUCGGUUUUCGGCACGGCGUGUCAUGCCGCUGCCUCCGGGAAGGCCGGAAGUCAGGCGCCACCGCCGCCCCCUAGCCGCGAGCCUUUGAUGCUGCAGCGGAACGCCUCUCCCGGGACGCCAAGACCCGCCUCGUCACGCUGAAGAUAGAUAUCGCGGAGCACCUUGCGCACCUGUGGCACACGCCACGGAACACCCCAGCAACAGCUGCGAAAGUAUCGCGGCCUACGGCAGAGGCUCAAGGCACACUCCGACUAAAAAAAAUAAAAAAAGAAAGAAAGAAAGAAAGCGAAAGCACUAAAAUGAUUCGUGUCGCGCAGAAAACCCCAUCCAACGACUCGACUGCGCGGACGGGGAUCUCUUUGUGUUAGCUGCAAAUUCGUGGACUCAAAAAAUAUUUAAAAAAAUCAUAGUCACAAAUAUGCACCGAUCGUGGGGUCUUUUGAAAAAAGUUCAUUUUCACUACCUUACAAAAAUAUCAAUUAACAUUGUUUGGGUUAGAAGUUUGGGGUGGCAAACACUUCCUAUUCAUGGCUAUGUGAAUUAAUCAUGAGAGUCUUGAAGUUCAUUUUCUUCGCCACGUAAUUACUCCCGGAAAGAAGAAAAUGGCGGAAAUGGCAAAAAAGAGUUUCGUUUAAAAACACAAGCAGCCAACAACAUCACAAUAAUAACAUUACAACCCAGUGGGGCAUCAGUACAUCAGCAAAGUGAGAACGAAGUGUUUGCACUCCGCACUACCAUGCACACGAAUGGAGGCAUAAGGAAUAUAUCUGCUUACGGCCAUCUCCUCCGCAACGAUCGAGAGUGAGGGCUCCACAGAUGUGACUGGCGCGCGCCCCGCCCCGAUCGUCUUGUCCACCGCCAUGUCCAUGAUCGUGUCGGGCAGCGCGCUGGGGACGCUGGCCGCGCAGUACGGGCCGCUGUGCCCCGACGUGUGCGAGUGGCUGCAGCAGGUCACCGUCGACGUGAGCAACGGCUCGUGGUGCGGCAACGUGAGCGAUGCCGCGCUGCCGCAGGACGUGUGCGACGCGCUGGCCAACCAGUCCGCGCCCCUGUCGGCCUGCACGCGCUGCCUGCCGCGCGCGCCCACCCUCGACCGCGACGACGUGAUCCGCGCCGCGCUGCUCGGGAUGCUGGCGCUGCUGUCCUGCGUGGGCAACCUCUACACCAUCUACAGCAUCCGCAGCAAGGCGAGCCCCGCCGUGGUGUACAAGCUGCUGCUGCACCUGUCGGUGGCCGACGUGGUCGUGGCCGUGGUGUGCAUCGCCGGCGAGGCCAUCUGGAUGCUGCUGGUGCAGUGGCCCUUCGGCAACGUGGCCUGCAAAGCCUUCAAGUUUGUGCAGAUGACGGCACUACACGGCUCCUCGUACGUCGUGGUGCUCAUCGCGCAGAACCGGUGGGUGGCGGUGAGCCACCCGCUCGCCACGCGCCGCCACUCCACCUCGCUGCCGCGCUCCGUGUUGUUCGUCUGGGCCGUGGGCGCGUGCCUCAGCACGCCGCAG